AUGGCUUCUCUUGCUCUAACGUUCACUUUCGCCACUUUGCUGGCCAUGAUUGACCUCUCCGUGGCCUUUGACAGACAAGACUUUCUGGUGCAUUUCCUUAACCUCAAAAAUUGCCAUCACGCUGUUCUGUUGGAUUGCCUUCCGGACGGCGAACGAGCACUGCACGAUCGUGUAACGAUGUUCCGUCACGCCACGGAACGUGGUACCUCGCUUCAAUUUGUCAACCUCCGGUCCGGCUAUCCGGGACCAAGGCAACCUAAUGUGACCACCCUCUUCACACCCCGUCAGCCCACCCGGUUGUGUUGUGUACUCGAUUACGAGUGUCCGGGAGCAUCGGCAGUCCUAGAGGAGGUCUCUAGAUAUCGCUUCAUGAACAACACCUACAGCUGGCUUCUGUUACCGCGCCAGCUUACCCGAUCUUCCGCACUGACCGCCGAGCGAAUGCUCUGGAACGUUAGUGGCAUCCAGCUGAACAGUGAUUUGAUUACGAUCGAGUGGCAGACCGGGGAAACCCGGAAGACGAUCAACUUGUUUGACAUCCACUCGAAAGGGCGCCACCUGUGUAAGGACAUCUACCGGUCGCUGUACGGAUGGUGGCGUCCCGGUGAACCCAUCCAGCUGGCCGCAAACUACAACAGCUACCGGGUACGGCAAGACUUUAACUUCCUACAGCUGCGUGGCGUCACGGUGAUUGACCGUAGGAACGUUACGCACGAUCGGGUCGAGCAGCUGUUGAGUGAACCCGGACUUACCGAGGGUAUCGUCGCGUUCGUCAAGUAUCACUACGCGCUGUUAGUGGUUUUGCGAGAUUUUCACAAUUUUACUAUCAAGUUCCGUCCGACGAGAGGAUGGGCCGGUCGGUUGCGCCGGUCCGGCUAUCGGUUAGGUUUGCUCGGGGUCGUACAGCGUCACGAGACCGAUGUGGCCGCAACGGGGAUCAUCAUGCGGCUAAGCCGCCAACCGGAGCUCGAUUCCAUCCACUACAGCUGGGCAUUCGAAACUGGUUUCGUGUACAAAAUCACACCGGACAUUGGCAGCAAAUCGGAAGGAAAUGGUUUUGUCGCUCCAUUUUCCCGCUCCGUCUGGUUGACGUUCGUGCUGUCGCUAGGCCUGGCAAUGGCGGUGCUCAAAUAUCUCCCCCGGCUAUCCGUCCACCGGCUCGAAAGCGACACGAACCCGUCGUCGUCACCCGGGACCUAUCUACUCGAUGUCGUGGCGUGUGUUGCCCAGCAAGGUGUGGCCCAGGUCUCACGAUUUGUGCCAUCCCGGGUUGCGAUACUGGUGCUGCUGGUGGCUAACCUUGUCCUGUACAAUUACUACACCUCGACGGUGGUCAGUGGGCUGCUGAGUGCCCAGAUGGUUGGCCCGGAAUCGAUCCCCGAAGUCAUUGACAGCUCGUUGAAGGUGUCGCUUACCGAUACCGGCUACCAUCACAUAAUGCUCCGGGAGCAAACACUACCGUACAGUACGGAUCUGUACGAACGGAAGGCACGCCCAGCACGAUCACCGUCGGAGUUGCCCCUGUUUACUGACGUGGACCACGCCGUUCCGUUUCUGAGGCGCGGUGGUCACGCGCUCCACUGUGAACUGACCGAGGUAUACCCGGCUCUGGCCAAGCAGUUCACGGCCAAUGAGAUCUGUGAGCUACGGACGGUCGAAGGUUUGUUUGGAUACGACAUUCGCGUCAUGGCGUUCGUGCUGCCCAAGCACAGCAUGUACAGUGAGCUGUUCAAGACGACCUUGAUGCGGGCACAGGAAACGGGAAUCGUAAAGCGGAUUUAUAGGAUCCACAAGACGACCAAACCGAUCUGCCAAGGAAGUGCAACGGUCUACUCGGUGGCGCUGAGCGAAGUUUCGUUGGCCUUCAUCAUAUUAGGAGCUGGCCUCGCCCUAUCGGGGUUAAUUUAUCUGGCGGAAAAGAAACGGGAAAGCAUACGCGCCGCGGCGGCCGCGGCGGAAGAUGGGGACGAGCUGGUAUGA